AUGGUGGAGACAUCGGGCGCUUCACGGCGUCCACCCCUUGAAUCGCAGGAUACACUCGAUCAGGUGAAGCUGACGGGCACGCUCGGUAACGAUGGUGUCGCUUCACUUCAUCCCGAGCACGGCAGUAACGGCCACGCUCUCCCUCCCGCGGAAGGAGCAACAUCAGACACUCGAGACUUUGGUGGGAAGCGCUCAAAGUCGGAAGGCAGCAUUCAGAUCCGCCUGGAGAAGACGGACCGCAAGGGUCGUUACAUCCUCACUGCGGACGAUCCCGAGAUCCGUGAGAUUCUGCGCAAAGGCAUCGAACGCGAGGAGCUCGAAGCGGCGAACAAGAAGCCGCGGAUACGCUUCCGCGACCUUGUCUUCACGCGGCAAUUCACCACCUUUGAUCGACAAAAUCCGGCAAGCAGUGAGAGCCCCUUCUUCGGCUUCUUCACCCUCUUUUGGAUCGCUAUGGCGCUGCUCCUCUUCCAGGUAUCCAUGAAGAACUUCCGCGAGUACGGGAGUAUCUUGGGCCGGAACCAGAUCAUGAAGAUGAUGUUGAGCCAUGAUGUCUAUGUACUAGGCCUUACGGAUGGCGCCAUGUGCGUCGGGACAUCCGUCACGUUCUUCCUGCAAAAGCUCGUGCAGUGGCGUGUCCUCAAUUGGGGCCGGGGUGCGUGGGUGGUGCAGAAUGUUUGGCAGACCGUCUACCUCGCCUCCGUCGUCGGCUGGGCUUAUUUCCGGGAGUGGCCGUGGACGCAUACCAUCUUCGCUGUGUUGCAUGGGUUGGUGUUCUUGAUGAAACAGCACAGCUAUGCUUUCUACAAUGGGUAUCUGUCUGGCGUGUACCGGCGCAAAUUGCUGCUCGAGAACAAGCUGAAGCAGCUGCAGACCAUGGAGCCAAUCCACUCCGGCCCCAGCAGUCCGCGAGACUCCCGUCAAAUGGAUGCUUUCUCGAGCGGUCUUGACGUCGCGGAGCUGUCCAAGAAAGCUUCGGAAGCUAUCAACAACAGCGACCUAAAGCGCCGUCCUUCAAUCGGAAACCGCACCUCCACCAACCUUGCAGUUGAGCAAUCGGAUGUGGCUACCAUAGCUUCGGCCAUACAUGCCGGAACCGCCAUCACGCCGGACCAGAUGUCCACUUUCGAGCAGGUGAUCAAUACCGAGCUCGAAGACCUCAACCGCGAGCUCGCCGGCAAAUCCGUAUCCGGAGCUCACGCGUACCCAAAGAACCUCCGCUUGCUCAACUUCGCCGAGUUCAUCUGCCUGCCCACGCUGGUGUAUGAGCUGGAGUAUCCGCGACAAGAGAAGAUCAACUGGUGGUACGUCCUUGAGAAGCUCACGGCGACUUUCGGUGUGCUGUGCAUCAUGAUGGUGAUCUCGCAAGCCUUCAUCUACCCGCCCAUAGCGAAGACUUUGCGCAUGAAGGAGGCGGGUGUGUCUGUGGCGGAAAGAUGGCAGGAGUUCCCAUGGAUCGUCAGUGACUUGCUCUUCCCGCUGUUGAUCGAACAACUAUUGACGUGGUAUCUGAUCUGGGAAUGCAUCCUCAACGUCCUCGCCGAACUCACCCUCUUCGCCGACCGCGGCUUCUACGGCGACUGGUGGAACAGCGUGACCUGGGACCAAUACGCGCGCGACUGGAACCGGCCCGUCCACAACUUCCUCCUCCGCCACGUCUACCACAGCAGCAUCUCCGCCUUCCACCUCUCGAAGCACACCGCCACCUUCUACACUUUCUUGCUGUCGGCGUUGGUGCAUGAGAUGUGCAUGGCGAUCAUGUUCAAGAAGGUCAGGGGGUACCUGUUCACCGCGCAGUUGCUGCAGAUGCCGCUUGUGAUGAUGUCGAGGCAUAAGUUCUUGCGCAGCCGGGCGGUGCUGGGGAAUGUGAUCUUCUGGUUUGGGCUGUUCGUUGGGCCGAGCUUUUUGACUAGCCUGUACCUUGUGAUAUAG